ACUGCUCCAUAAUGACAGUGGGUGGGACCCUGAUAUAUACCAGGAUCACUCUUCCACUGCUCUUGCUUGGGGUAUCUCUGUCCAUUCAUGGCCUCUCCCAAGCCAGGCCCUCUCAGCAUUUCAGCUCCCCGGAAGUGGUGAUCCCCUCGAAGGUGACCAGCAGGGGUAGAGGUGCAAAGGCUCCAGGAUGGCUCUCCUACCGCCUGCGGAUUGGGGGCCAGAGGCACAUUGUCCACAUGAGGGUCAAGAGGCUGUUGGUUUCCACACACCUCCCUGUGUUCACCUACACAGAGCAGCAUGGCCUCCAGGAGGAUCAUCCCUUUGUCCUUGAUGAUUGUUACUAUCAUGGUUACGUGGAGGGGGCCUCCGAGUCUCUGGUUGCCCUCAGCAGCUGUUCUGGAGGUUUUCAAGGAAUGCUACAGAUAAAUGACCUCAUUUAUGAAAUCAAACCCAUCAGGCACUCUUCCACAUUUGAGCACCUGGUGUAUCAGGUAGGCAGUGAUAAGACAGAGUCCCCACACAUGAGAUGUGGGUUGACAGAAGCAUCAAUAACACGCCAAAAGGAGUUGCAUGCAUCAUAUAAUUCUACUCUGAAACAAAGUUCUAAUGUGGGCUGGUGGACUCACUGGAGAUUUGUUGAGCUGGGAGUGGUUGUAGACCAUGUUAGAUUUCUUUAUUCCCAAAGUAAUGUGUCAGUAGUGUACAAUGAAGUAUCUCACGUUAUCAAUAUAGUGGAUGAAUUUUAUUACCUUAUGCAAGUUGAUAUAACAUUGAUUGGUAUUGAGAUCUGGAAUAAAAGAAAUCCUAUUUCUACAAGUAAUGAUCUAGGGGAAGUUUUGUGGGAUUUUGCUGUUUGGAAGGAUUCACAUCUCGAAUCCCGUCUUCACCAUGAUGCUGCACAUCUUUUCAUAAAAGAAGUACAUGACCAAACAGUUGGUAUGGCCUUUAUUACAGGGAUAUGUGAUCCCCCUUUUAACUGUGCAGUUAGUGUUUUUGAAAGCCAAGACUUAUUUCUUUGUGCACUUACUGUGGCCCAUGAACUUGGUCAUAAUUUGGGUAUGAAUCAUGAUGAUCAGUGGUGCGCAUGCGAAGUAGAGUGGUGCCUAAUGUAUGCCUACAGAGAGAACACAACUAAAUUCAGUAAUUGCAGUUAUGCGCAAUAUUAUGAUACUACCAGGAAUCCUGGAAUGUGUAUUCACUCUCCUCCAUAUACAGGGUAUGUCUCUGGGUUGAAGUUCUGUGGGAACAGGGUGGUCGAAGAAGGAGAGGAGUGCGACUGUGGAUCUGUACAUCAGUGUGAACGUGAUCCCUGUUGUCUUUUGGACUGUGCUCUGAGGCCUGGCGCUGCUUGUGCUUCUGGCAGUUGUUGCAAAGACUGCAAAUUCUUGCCACCAGGGACUUUAUGUAGACAGCAGGUCAGUGAAUGUGACCUUCCAGAGUGGUGCAAUGGGACAUCACACGAGUGCCCGGAUGAUGUAUAUAUACAGGAUGGCACCCCCUGUAUGGGUGGUGCCUCCUGCUAUGCAAAGACAUGUAAUAACCCUGAUGUUCAGUGCAAGGAGAUUUUUGGCCGAGAGGCAAGGAGUGCGUCUGAGAUUUGCUACAGUGAAGUGAACACCCAAGGAAAUCGUUUUGGCCACUGCGGUAUCGUAGAAACAACAUAUGUAAAAUGUAUGGCUCCUGAUAUCAUGUGUGGGAGAAUUCAGUGUGAAAACGUCCACAAAGUUCCCAAUCUGAAGGAACACUCUACCGUGCACCAGUAUCACUUCAAUGAUACCACUUGCUGGGGCACUGAUUAUCACUUAGGGAUGUCCAUACCUGACAUUGGUGAGGUGAAAGAUGGCACGGUGUGCGCUCCAGGAAAGAUCUGCAUUGGCAGGAAAUGUGCCAGUGUGAAUCCUGUGCCACAAAACUGCGAGCCCCUGCAUUGCAGCCUGAGAGGAGUCUGCAAUAACAGACAGCACUGCCACUGUCGCCACGGGUGGGCACCUCCCAACUGCAGCUAUGAAGGCCAUGGAGGGAGCGUGGAUAGCGGUCCACCUCCUACAAACAGGAGGGAAGGAUUAAGCGUGGUAGGAAAUGUGGGUUACACUUCGGCAUUACUUGCGAUUCCUUUGAUAACUCUUCUUUUCUAUUACUUCACUGUACUUUCCAAGAAAGAGAAACACACACACACACAAGUUGAGAACAAAGAAGAAGAAAAUGAAGCAAAGGGAACAGAAGAAAAUAGAGUGGAAGAAAACAGGGUGGAAUAACAGAGAAUGAAGAAGAGGGAGCAGAAGAAAAGGAAGAGGAAGUGGAAGCCAGAGGCUGAUGCUUCCUUUAAAAGGAUCUCUAAUUUUUGUUUUCAUAGUGGAGAAGCUGGAUGUGGCUGUUUAACCAGAAAUUUAAUGCUCUCGUGCCAGGACCAUAAGUGUUAGACAUCACAGCACAGGACUCCUGCAUGUUCCUACUUGCUUUUCAGUGUUUAACACAACAUUAAAUGUUCACUUUGUUUCUUGAACAAAGUUGUCUCACUAUGUUUCUUGAACAAAGGCCUAGAGAAACCACACUUUAAAGCUGCAUGCUUUCUCUCUCUCAGUUCUAAACCUCCUCUCAUGUCUUCACUCAGUUUCUGGGCAUGUGUGUCCACAAGACUCACUUCUGUUUGGCACAGUUGGCUGUGGACAAGGGGAAGGAAGAAGUAACCUAAAUGACAAGUGGUAGGAAAAGAGAGAUUUCUUUCCUUUGUACUUAACAUUUCUGACAGCAUCAUUUUUAGCUGAGGCCAUUCAGUUUGGAAUCCAUUUGUAUGGGAAUCCAUUUGUAUGGUCACUGCUGGAACCCCCCACCCCACCCUAUUCUUCCUUAGAAAUACCGACAGCAGUUGAUACUCUCAGUGUCCAUGUUGCACAUUGGAUUAGCUGGGUGUUCCUCCUGUUAGUUCCUGAAGCUCCAGUACCAGCUGGUCUCCAUGCUCUCCUUGGAGAUCUCAGCCCCUCUUUUUCAGGGACUUCCUGUAAUCAGCUAUGCUCUAAUGUACACAGUCUCGUCCCUCUGUUCUACUGACCCUAGAGAUGUUGGGGCUUUCUGUAGUUACUCUCUGGCUGUGUUAAAUUGUGGUUUCCUAAGCAUACACUGAGUUGGAGUUUAGAGUGAGGGUUACGUUAGACAUCACAGCUGUGUAAAAGAGGGAAAGGAAUUCAGUGGUACAGUUGAAAAUUGAGCUAAAUUGCUGCCUUGGCCAGUCAGGCAGUGAAAUGUUGUAUAACAGAGUUGUCUGGUUUGGGCCAAGGGGGUCUGCUCCUCACACCCUCUCCUUGGUCAGUCAGUGGGUGUGGCUGCCCUGGGAAGGGACAAAUGUCUGUAACUGAAGCUGAAGAACACCUGAAGUCUGGAGACUUGUCUGCUUAUGGGGAGCUCUGCCACUGAUCAGCAAGAGCUUCAGGAAAGUGGAUCCAGGUGGCUUAUUCCACAGUGCAGUAUUUGCACAGCACUGAUUCACUUUUGAAUUUAUGUUCUGUCAGCAACUCGUAGAUGAUUCUGGGGGGCCCCUCUUCCUGUGGGGACAUUAAACGAGGGAAGUUGAUUAUGAGCCAUGUCUCCAUGCUGUGCUUGGUUGUGGAGAUGAAAGUAUACUUAGUGUCUAUCUGUUUCACUCUACUCUCAUUUCCCUCUCUCAGCUGGUGAGUAUUCUGAUGGCUUUGGAUGCUUACCAUGUGUCGUGAUGCAGGACCUUAUCGCCAACCUGAGCAUCUAGUCACCAUGCCCUUCUAGGCUGAGGUUGCUGAUUUUAUCCAUUUAGAGCCACCACUGGGCUAGGGAGUACUGAAUGGUUCCUGGGGAGAUCACCUGGAUUUUAUGUGUACACCCUGUUGUGCCCAUCUUAUAACAGCAGUACUGCCUCCUGUUGAUGAUUACUGUCAAUCACCCCUUUCAAGGAUGUGACCCUUCUUUUGGUAUCUGAUUUAAAGACACAGUGAGUUCAGAAUUCCCUGGUGUCAAUGUUUGUGUAUAAUAAGGCAUUAUGACUUUCAAUUAGCCCCUGUUUAAAAAUAUGACUCCUUGUAGGGCCAGAACCUCCAACCGUGUAUAGCCCAGAAUUACAUAGGGGCAGGUAGCACCCACUAUCUCAAUGCAUCUUUGGGAGUUGUGGUGAAUGCUCUUUCUUUGUACACUCUUUUAGGGUUCUGAUUCAGUGCAUACAAUUCAUCAUUAGAUCAAGUGAUUCAGCUUUAGCUUCAGCUGCACCUUCAGUAUAUGUUUCCAAUGCUUUAUUGGGCUGGGAUAUCCUGUAUUAUUUUAUCUGAGCUAUAACUUUUAUACCACAGUCUUGUACAAUUCCAUUGCUGUAAAGUUGGUACCCUGCUCUGGUAUGGUAUUACACAGGAACACCAGAUAGCUGGAUGAGAUAUUCCAAAUGCCUUUGGCUAUUACUGGUGCUUAUUGAGGCUCAGUGUUACACCUGUAGUGAGGUGAGGCACAUUUACCACCAGAAUUUGUGUGUUCUGCUGUAGGGAUGCUGGCCUUUCCAGAAUGAUAGGGUCCUAAUGGAUUCAAUUUCCUACUAAGUGUUUCUCAAGGAAGGGUUCCAAAUCUGGGGUCAGACAGGCCAUCAUUGCUGUUUGGCUGGACACUCAAAGCAGAAGUGGCUAGAUUUGUCUUAGUAUGUAGUAAUCCAUGUAGAGGCAGUCCUGAGUAGUCCAGUCCCUGACCAUUCUUUGAUACAGGAUCUACUCUUACCAACACUGAGUGGCCUGUGCCAAGGAUGGCUGAUGCCAGUUGCUGGGCUGUUUUGUCUAUGUCAUUUAUUGCAUCUUCCACACAGGAUCCUUUUUGUUGAGCAUCAACAUGUGAUUCAGUGGUCUUUCACACUUACAUUCCAUGUAAGUAUGUUUCUACCCUACUUCUCCUGGUCCCCCAUCUUCCAAGAAUUAUUGUUGCAGUCACCUGUACCACUGGCCUGACCAUUUGCUAUUUCCCAUUAUUGUAUAUAUGAUCCUGUUGGACCUCGUCAAUCCCCCCAAAGUUAGACAGCUACUUAUACAACCCAAGUUCAGUACAUUUGGAGUAUUUCCCCUCACAGUUCUUCCUAUCCAGCUCCUCUAUUGAGAAAAACUGUGUCUUAAAACUGCUUGCAGCUUUAGGCUUGUUCACAAAUGAUGCACUGACAUGUCCAUGACUCCAGGAUGAGCUGUUCCAUCUUCUCCUUCAGCUGGUUAUGUGGGAUUCCUGUUUUUGCAUCAAGAAGUUUGAGCUGAAGGAGGAGUAUCAGUGCUGUGGAAUUUGACUUACCUGCUCAGAUACCUGUGCAUUUGGGUUCUCUUAUAUUUGAGUUGGAAUUUGCCACUUACCAUUUUUUCUUUAUUAUUGGCUCCAAACCUCAUGAUGUGAAGGGAUUGACAGAACCCUUUUGUGAUGGACAAUUUUAGGUCCCAUUCUGUGGUUCACAGAAUUCUCAGAUGCUUCCCCUUAGUUCCUAUGUUCUUGGAACCUGUAUGUAACCCAUUCCCAUGUACCUUGAUGGGAUCCGUAUCUUGCAUCUUACAGAGUAUAUGGCAAAUGUGAUGUGAUUUUCAGGUGUAAUUAAUAUACUGCUAGUUAAUUUCAGUUAAUUAAAGGUAGAUUUGCCUAAGUGGCCUUGAGCUACCAGGUAGGUAAGUCCUUUAAAGAAUAUCUAGAGGUGAGACUUGAAGCAAUCAUGUUUCGUUCUUUCUGGCUGUGCAGCAGCCAGCUGCCAUGAGUUCUACAGCUGCAACGAAUUGAAGUCUGAGUAUUCUUGGAAGCAAAUCUUCCCUCAAGUGUCCUUUGAUGCCAAUGAAGCUCAGGUGACAUCUUACUUGUUGUCAAGUGCCUAUUUCUCUAGGCCAUGCCCACAGUUCUUUCCCAUUGAACUUGUGAGAUAAUAAAUAUGUGUUGUUUUAAGCUGCUGAGUUUGUGGUAAUUUGUUUUAUGAUAUAGAAAACAAAUCCACUUCCAACACAUGACACAUUUCAUUUGUUUUUUACCACUUUACCAGUACCACACCAUCCCAUGUGAUGACAAACGACAGUUUAAAAAAGUAUUUUUAAGCAUUUGAUGUGGCGAGUGGGAAGGGGAGAGGGAGAGCUCCCAGGUGCUUAUUCUCCAAAUGCCUACAUCAGUGGCUACUUGCCUGGCCGAAGCCAGCAACAGGAGACUAAAUCCAUGACUCCCAGUGUGUGUGUCAGGAGCAAGGUUACAUGAGACAUCAGUGCUGCUUGCCAUUGUCUGCAUUAGCUUAAAGCAGGAGUCUCAACCUGGAGCCUGCACUUCAACCCAGGUACUCUGAUGCACCAUUUUAGCCAUUAGGCUAAACACUAGCUCUUAGCUAAGCUGUUUAGGCAUGCAGACCAUUUGGAGAAAAAUAAUGUGCAGAUUGACAUCCCCAGUGUCACAGACCAAAUAUGAAUUUUAAAUUAGGGGUUCGAAAUUGUUAAUCAAUGUAUGAACUGUUAGCCAUAUGGUGCUGUUAGCUCCUUGGUGACAGGUAGAGGCAAGUGACAGUCCUCUGUGUGAAGCCCUGUUUAUACUGUUCUCUGUUUCAUGUGCUACUUGGUGCACUAAUUCGAUUUUGUGAACCAAUGUGCUCUGUGAACUGAGUUUGAGAAAUGCUGAGUUAAGUUGAUGUCAAGUGAGUGCAGACAUGGUAAGAGAGUGUUUUGAGGAAUUUGAAAUAGCUGAAUUCCUUACUGUUGCAGAGGAAGAAUCUCACAGUGGUUGGAGUUCAGUCAUGUCAAAGGAAGGGCUGUGAAAUUAUGAAAUCAUGAAAUUAUUUGGAUUGAAAUGUUCUUUCAGGUUUGUCCUUGGAAUGAUUUAUUGGUGACAAAGAUCUUUUGCAAUGCUUUUCUAUUAUGACCUCUUCAUAUGGGUCUUAAUUGUCUCCCAAUUCUUUUGUUCUCAUUUUUUUUCUUAUUUAAAAGAGUUAUAGAACAGAAAAAGAGACAGGUCUUUCAUCUGCUGAAUCUCCCUAGGCCACAACAGACAGGACUGGUGCAGGCCUAAGCCCAGAUCCAGGAAUUUCAUUUGGGUAUCCCUUGUGGGUGACAGAGGCCCAGAACUUGAGCCAUCACCUGCUGCUUUUCCCAGGUCAUUAGUGGGGUGCUGGAUCAGAAGUGGAGCAGCCAGGAUACAAACUGGUGUCCAUAUGGGAUACUGGCCUUGCAGGCUGUGGCUAUAUCUGCUAAGCUACAAUGCUACCCCCUGGCCCCUUCCACAUCAACAUCCUAAAUGGUAUGACAUAUAUGAAGGAUAUGAUGAAGAUACACAAGAAAAAAAUUGGUGUUUAGAAUUUGCCUAAUUAGAGAUGCUUUCCCUGAGAUGUCCUUGAGUAAUCCUGUUUUCUUCCUGCAGCACCCGAUAGCCACUCAUUAGUUUUGGAACCCUAACCAGGCUUGCCCUUGCUUUCUUGACAGACAAUAUAAUGCUAAACAUUGUUCAUAGUCUAUGUAGCUAAUGCCAUUUCUAUCUACAAUCAUAAUAUUGUGGCCACCAGGGUAUAUAACAAUAUGUCUCAAAUUUGUUUUAACUUUGUAUUUAAAAAAGUGAACAUUUUAAAAUUUU